AGUAGACCAAAAUUGACCGUUGUUCUCCGGGAUGUGAGAGAAUAACAUGCGCUUCUUACUCAUCACCGUACUGCUGAUUUAGGGAUCGAACUGCAAAACUUUCAAUCUUUAGAUCGCCUCUAACCAUUCAAGCCCGGAACAAGGAGCAGAAGAAUUCCAAAGGUGGUAGUGCGCAUGCCUCUGGCUGUCAUUCUGACACUCUUAGUUGGAGUGGGAUUUCAAUGUUAUCUCACAGGAAACCUGAACCGACUCGCCUGCACUAGCGACGCAGAUGCUAAUUCCUUUGUGACGUGGACAUGCUUUCAUGCAGUCCGCAGGUCUCCAGUUACCGAUGACAGCUUCCAGGGUGCCAAUUAUUAUUAUUAUUAUUAUCAUCCGAGUCGAUGCCUGGACUCCUUGACAUCGCUGUUCACGUUCACAGAUCUUUUGUAUCUUCCUCAUCUUGCAUAUGAUUAUCUGGCUCUCGACUAACGCCUGUGGUCGGUUCUGGGUGGCUCUGGUGCAGGACGCGAAAUGUUGCAUUUUUAUUCACAGGCUUCUGUUUUCCUGGGAGCAGAUGUAUGACAAUGUCGAUUUUGAAUAACUUUGGAC